AUGGCCAAGCAGCUGCCGACGGAACUUUGGUACCGCAUCAUCCAGUUCUUGCCUCCGCAGGACCAGAAAACAUGUUUGUCCGUGUCGAAGCUGCACCACGAUAUCGCCCAGAAAUACGUAUUCUCGCACAUCAUCAUUACUCUCGGACUCUGGAGAAGAGACGACGACAUAUCGCAUGGGAUUGACUUUGGCCUUACGCCUGCCCCCAUCGAGGUCGCGGAAGCGAGCAGAUUGGCCAAACUCAACUAUGCCCUCCUUCGCCAUAUCACGCGUACGCCGGAAUUUGCCCGCCUUGUCAAGAAGCUCACUGUGCGGGCCUACUCGCUCUUCGAAGAAUCACUCUUAGUAUAUGAAAUUAGUACUUUGGCCGAAGCUAUCGAAGCGCUUCAUAACCUGUCCGCCUUUGCUUGGUUCGGACCUUUGCCGAAACUGCCUUGCGAGGUCAUGGACGCCCUUCUGAGGUCGUCAGGACAGAGAGUAGUUGAUUUUAUCAUACAAUUCCUCGACCUAUGGCCGCAGAUGCAUAUAGGCGCUCCAUACCACAAGACUGUCCACCAGACGAUCGCAGCCAAUUCCGCCACUCUCCGUCGCCUCGAAGUGUUCGGCGACGCCUUAUGGGAAUGCCUGCCCAUGUCGUUCGCCAGCCUUCACGAGCUUGCCAUUGUCUUUCCAUGCACGCUGGCUGGUCUCGGCUCUGUCUUCGAACACUGUCGUGAGCUACGGGGAUUCACGCUCUGUACGGAAAACGACGGCUCGGAGAUUAUCGACGUCUUGAACAUCCACCAGGACGCAUUCCCACACCUUACAUCUUUCAAGCUUCUUUCUGUUUUCGACCUCGAUGAGGAUGUCAUCGAAGAGGUCGCCAAAUUCCUCAAGAAGAAGAGACGGCUGCGACGGGUUGACGUUCUCAGCCGUACGCAGGUCGAUCAGGGCGAGGAUCUCAUCAAUAUGUCGUUCCUCAAGAUCUUGCGGGACCUGCCAAACCUGGAGAUUCUGGGACUGGACAUACGGCCAGCCAAGAUGACCUCGGCGCACGUCAAGCUUCUUGAGCAGUAUGUCCCUCCUCAAGUGACUGCACUCUCCAUCCUCUUCCACGCGAACACAUCCGAUGUGAAGGUCGUGGACUGGCGAAGCUUCUUCUCGAAGCAUGAGGCUCUUCGCUACCUGCACAUAGGCACUCGUCAGCCAUUGACCCGUUCGCUCGGGAAUGCCAUCUUCAGGCGUCCCCCGCCUAACCUGGAGCUGCUCGGCUACAACAACGGCCUGCGGUGGGUGACGCACGAUCCAAAGACGCGCGCCCCCAAGUACUCCGAGUUUUGGCCGGCGUCGAAGGUAUACUUCCGUUCGGUCGAGGAAUACCAAGGCCACGAAGAUUGGGAAUGGCUGCUGAGACAUCACGGCCAGGACGAUGACGAUUGUGAUAUUUGGUCGAUGGAUCCACCAGAUCUAUGGAAGCGCAUGGACUCCAGUGACAAGGACUUGAAUUAGAUGCACGCAUAUACUCUGAGUGGUCGCUUGGACGAUCC